ACUAUGGACUACGUGAGCUAUAUCCAGCACCAUUGAGUCAAUCGGCGUGAGACCAACCCACGUAUCCGAGAAAUAUCAGUCUUCCAACAAUGCUGCGCCAUCGCCCAGACCCCGUCGACUUCCUCAUCCUGGGCGCAGGCUGGACCUCUCAAUUCCUCAUCCCGGAGCUUCACCGCUGCGGCAUCACACAUGCCGCAACAACAACCACAGGCCGGGACAACACGAUCCCUUUCAAAUUUGACCCCGAAUCUGCAGACUUGGAGCCUUAUGAGAGACUUCCGUCAGCAGAAACCGUGUUGAUUACGUUCCCGUUAAGAGGACACGGUCAAUCGAAACAUAUCACUUCGUUGUAUCGGAAAGUGCACGGGGAGAAGAAUCGCUGGAUUCAAUUGGGAAGUAGUGGGAUCUUCAAUAAAGAGCGGGAAGCCAUUGCAGGCGAGCAUGGAGGCUGGAGCACCGAGGAAUCGGAGUAUGAUCGCAGUGAUCCGAGGGCUAUUGCCGAAGAUGAGCUGAGGGAGUGUGUAGGUGGCUGCGUGCUCAAUCUCUCGGGUCUCUAUGGCGGAGAACGCAAACCGAGAAACUGGCUUGGAAGAUUGGCCAAGUCGAAGGACGAUGUCAGAGCGCGCGUCUCGGUGCAUUUCGUGCAUGGAGAAGAUGUUGCUAGGGCGAUUGUGGCUACGCAUAGGAAUUUCACGGAGGGGAAGAGGUGGAUUGUUACGGAUUUGAGGGUGUAUGAUUGGUGGGAUCUUAUUUUGAGUUUUAGUGCGUUGGUGGACGAGGAGGAGAGGGAGAGUGUAGAGGAGAGGGAGAAGAGGUUGCUGUUUGGGAAGUGGGUUGGGGAGUUGAUGGUUGAGGAGGGGGUGAGGGCGCUGCCUAGGUCGAUGGGGGUGUUGGGGAGGAAGUUGGAUUCGAGGGGGUUUUGGAGGACGAUGGAGAUUUGGCCUAGGCAUGGGAGGCUGGCUUGAGGGAAAGGGUGGUUCUUGUUGUUCAGGUUAACGAGAGUCUGAGACGACGAUACUUGAAGAGGUGAUUCUCCAUGUCAGAUAAGAUCACAUAGAUGUUGCUUUAAGAGUCUGAGGUACUGACGGCACUUGCAAAAGGCUAUCGUACUAUGAUAGAUAUGAUUGGGUUGACCGAUUCGAAGGAUAUUCACGAACUGAAGCACAACUGUCAGAAG